UCCCGUCAAGAUGGGAAAUCAGGAGGCAAAGCAAAAGAGAGCUGCGCCUUCAUCGGGUAAUGGAAGCUACCCUUCGCUAAAUGAAGGAUGGAGGGAAGGAGGAGGGGAUCUGACUAAACGGGGAGGCAAGAAACAAGGCAAGCAGGGAGGUAAAGGAACAAACAGCAGUGGAGGAGGGACUCAUGGCACUGGCCCAGGAAAAAAACGAAAUAAAUCUGAUUCCAAAUCUUCAGUUUUUUCCCUCCGAAAAAGAAAGAUAAACCUGAAAGGAAAGGGGGAUACAUGCUCAUCAACACCAGGUUUAAAUGAAGAUGAUUGGGUUUCUCAACAUGAUGAUCUGGACAGCACCAAAACACCUGACCUGUCUGCAGAUGAGCUAGGACACUCAGAUUCUGAGGCUGCAUUUCCUGAAAAGAGAAAAAAACCACAACACGAAAACAGGAACAAAGAUAGAAGUGAAGAGGAAAAGUCACAUGUGCAACUGAAAGCCUCAACAGAAACCACAUCACCCACAGAAGAAGCAGGACAAAAGGGGGGUAGCUCAGGAUCGGACACUGAUAUCUACAGUUUUCAUUCAGCAGCUGACCAUGAGGAUUUACUUGCAGACAUCCAGCUUGCUAUUAGGCUACAGCAUCAGCAGGAACAUGAUGGUGAGAAUGCAAUCUCAGAUGCAGGUGGAGCAGGGGACCUGAAUUGGAGAGCAGCGGAGGAAUGGACUAAGAAAAGAAAUGGGGUGGAAAAAGAAACUCAUCAGGAGGUGCUUGGAAUUACCCCAGAAUUAGAGGUGGGCUCUGAUGCGCUAUCAUUCUUAGAGACAGAAAGUCAUGUUUCUGACAAUCACACAGACUCGCUUCCAAUGCUGUCAAGUAGAGAGACACAUCUGUCCUUUCACAAAGAAAUGAAGGGACAGGGGGAGAUCCAAGAAGGGCUGGGACCACCAAAGCUAAGUAUGAAGAAGAAGCGAGACGGAAAAGCCUUUCUUUGUAUUGCUACAGGCACAAAAGAUCAGCAUGUGGACAUCUCCAUGGCAACUGGAAGUCUGACAGUCAGCCCAAUCACUAUGGCAACCUGUGACAAUUGUUCACCUAUAGUCUCAGUUGACAGUAAAGAGAAAUGUCUGGGAAGGGUGGAGGAAGCAGAGUUCAGUCCCUCUCCAGUCAGCAACAGUAAAAGUACUGAACAUGCAGAUGGACUUAGCUCAGGGGCAAUGUUUGAUGAAGGUGAUGGUCAGUUAGGCUCAGGUACCAGUGCAGAGUCCCCCGAGGACUGUGUUUUGACUGGUUCCAAGUCCAAUCAAUGUGCUGCUUUCUGUAAUGGUUCCUCACCCUCUGACCAGGUCUGCAGCAGGGGCAGCAUCUGCUUUAUCACACUGACUCCCCAGGGGAGCCCAAAGUUGGCAAAGCAGCUCCUCAAGUCCACUCAUUCCUCCAACUUUUAUAGCCAUGUGGUGAAAUCCUACCCCACUAUCUUUCCAUCCUACAUCAAGACCACUACGCGACAGCUCAGCACCCCAGGACACUCCCCAGCUUUAUCUCCUUCCCACAGCCCACUUUCUCCACGGAGAGCCAAUCUUCACAAUCGCAGGAUGGUGGCUGGAGAACACGAAACGCGCAAACAACGGUCACUGAGCCUUACUGGAGCUCUAAGCCGAUCAGCUGACUGGACAGAGGAGCUUGAAAAGAGGCUGAGAAGCAGAGAAGUGGAUGGAGGAGAGUAUCUGACGGGCUACAGAGGAGGAGGCAGUCAACCUAUCUGUGCUACCAGAAGAUCCUCAUGUGGACAGGUCUCCCUCUGUGCUUUUCAGGAUGUCUUCACAGGUCGCACCCUUCUUGAGAAGCUGUUUUUGCAGCAGCAGCAGGAGGAGCCAGAGGAGGCUGAGAGGCUCUGCUCCAAGAUCUUGGCCAUGGGUCUCCUGCUUCCUUUCACUGACUGCUUCAGAGAACAGUUAGGCGGCAGCACGGCUCAAAUUUCAUCCACUGCAUCAGCCAAGUUUGACCAUGACCAGCUGUAUACAUGGGCCACAGUCAACCAGCCGCCACACUCACUGGAUCUACUUGAAGGGAAACUAGCAGGCCAACUCAAGACGCAAUGGUCUCCAUUAAGGCUAGGAGGAGAAAACAGAACUGGUCAUAAAUCUAUGGAAGCAGAUAAUUGUGAAGCUGACUCCACAAGACAAGACAAUGAGGAGAAAUCAGAGGGGGAAUAUGUGCUGCCAUCAAAAAAACUAAAGGAGAAACACAUUGAUGUUAUCCAGCAGCUUGAGCAAACUAUAGAAGAUCUCAGGACUAAGAUUGCUGAGUUGGAACGUCAGCCCCCUCUUCUGGAGGAGAAGGGUAUAAUAACCACCACCUCCACCACCGACAGAGAAUGUGGAGGAGAUGAGAGCCUAUUGAGGUCUCUUUGUGAUGCUCAUCUGCAAACAGAGGCAGGGACUUCUCUGGGAUGCCAGCAGGUCAAGUCAGUGCAGACCUCGCCAAUGGAUGAUGGUUUUAGGUUCAACAUUCUCUGUAGAGGGCUGGAUGGAGGUUCUCUGCCGCCACCAUCCAAUCAAGAUUGUUCAUGUCAACUAGAGCCUUGGACUUCACCUCUUGUGCAUCAAAGAGAAACUGUAAUUCUUCACUCAUGCCUGAAUUUGGUCCCACCUCCUCCUCCACCUUUACCAGGAUUUCCAGACCCUCCUCCCCCCCCACCUCCUCCUAUCCCUGGACUUCCAGGCCCUCCUCCUUCUUCAGGAUUUCCAGGCCCUCCACCUCCACCGCCUCCUCCUUUACCAGGAUUUCCAGGGCCUCCCCCUCCACCGCCUCCUCCUUUACCAGGAUUCCAGGCCCCACCUCCACCACCGCCUCCUCCUUUACCAGGAUUUCCAGGCCCUCCCCCUCCACCGCCUCCUCCUUUACCAGGAUUUCCAGGGCCUCCCCCUCCACCGCCUCCUCCUUUACCAGGAUUUCCAGGGCCUCCCCCUCCACCGCCUCUUCCUUUACCAGGACGUUCAGGCCCUCCACAUCCACCUCCUCCUCCAGGAUGUGGGCCUCCUCCACCACCACCAGGAGCAACUGGCAUACCCCCAAGUCUUCCAGCAACAAUGGGUUCAUUGCCCCCUCCAAUACCACUGGGUUUGUAUUCUCUACCUUUAACUCAGGAUAAACCAGCCAGAAAAGCUGCAGUGGAGCCACCCCAGCCAAUGAAGCCCCUUUAUUGGACCAGGAUCCAGCUACACACAAAAAGGGAUAUUCCUUCUUCACUUGUGUGGGAGUCGGUUGAGGAACCUGAUGUGGACUUUGACGAAUUUGUGGCACUGUUUUCGAAAACAGCAGUUAAAGAAAAAAAGCAGCCACUCUCUGACACCAUAACAAAAUCCAAGGCAAAACAGGUUGCAAAGUUGCUGAAUAACAAGCGCUCUCAGGCUGUUGGGAUCCUCAUGUCUUCCUUGCACCUCGACAUGAAAGAUAUACAACAUGCUGUCUUGAACUUGGACAACAAUGUGGUGGACACAGAGACCCUGCAAGCACUUUAUGAAAAUAGAGCACAACAGGAGGAACUGGACAAAAUUGAAAAGCACAUAAGGUCAUCUAAAGACAAAGAGAAUGCUAAGCCUCUGGAUAAACCUGAACAAUUUCUCUACCAGCUCUCCCUGAUACCAGACUUCUCCAGCAGAGUCUUCUGCAUUCUCUUCCAGUCCAGCUUCUGUGAGUGUAUGUCAUCAAUCACAAGGAAAAUUAACACACUGCAAAGGGUAUGCAAGACUCUCCAGGACAAUGUCUCAGUAAAGAAGAUUCUAGGUUUGGUUCUGGCAUUUGGUAAUUUCAUGAAUGGUGGGAAUCGAACAAGAGGUCAAGCUGAUGGCUUCACUCUUGAGAUUUUGCCAAAACUCAAAGAUGUCAAGAGCAAUGAUGGCGCUAAAAGUCUUCUGUCAUACAUUGUAGCCUACUACCUCCGACACUUUGAUGAGGAUGCUGGAAAGGAGACAUCUGUGUUUCCUCUUCCUGAGCCUCAUGACCUGUUCCAAGUUUCACAGAUGAAAUUUGAAGAUUUUCAGAAGGACUUCAUUCGACUUCGGAAGGACCUCAGAGCAUGUACAUCGGAAGUGGAAAAGGUGUGCAAGGUGUCUGAUGAGGAUAACUUGCAGCCUUUCAAAGAGAAGAUGGAUGAGUUUCUUGCACAAGCUAAAGGUGAACUAGAGAUCCUGGAUGCUCAACUCAGCAGCACUCACAAACUGUUCCUGGAGCUGACAGUGUUUUAUUCGGUGAAGCCCAAAGCAGGAGAAAAGGAGGUUUCCCCCAACACUUUAUUUUCCAUCUGGCAUGAAUUCUCCUCUGAUUUCAAGGACCAAUGGAAAAAAGAGAACAAAACUAUUCUCAAGGAAAGGCUAAAAGCAGCAGAAGAGUAUUUCAGACAAGCCAAGGAGAAGACUUCUUAUAGUGUUAAACCAAAACAUGCUUCUGGUAUUAAAGCCAAGCUUGGUAUGAAGAUUUAACAUCGUCACCCUGGGAGGUCAUGAAAAUGGAACGAGAGUGAAGUGGGUGGCAGCAGAUGAGUCGUCACUCGACAUCAUGUUUGAUUUUUUGAUUAUUUUUAUGCAGUUUGAUUACUUUUGUCAUAUGUUUCAUGAUGUUUGAAUCAAAUACAGUCGGGGUCUUUCUAUCAGCCCGUUAAACACAUUAUUCAUUAGUUCAGAUAUCAACUCACAAUAUAAUAUAGUUCUGAAAUUUUCAUUCAUCAUGUCUAAUAAAGUCUCUUUACAUCUGCAUCAUAAUUAUUAUGAACAGAACUGCUCAGAUGUUUAAGCCUGACUACCAACUGACUAACUCUGCUCUCUUCCAACAGUAUGCUGCCAACUUUUGUUUUACUUUCAUUUUGUUUUGGUUGCACUUUACUACCCUUGUAUCUAAAUACAUCACCUAUGCACAUCAUCUCUUGCCAUAACUUAAGUUUUACCUAAAUUGGAGAAACUUUUUUUUUCCAAGAAAAUAUCCAUGUCCAAAAAAAAAUUAAUUUUCCCUUUUGUUUGAUUUGAAAAUGUUCAACACACCUUUGUGGUGCGUUUCAGCUGUCAGACAUUAUACUUUGCCGAAGAACACUUAUGAACACUAUUCACUUCAUUCCUCCAUUUUUCAUCUGUGAACAGUCUCAGAAUCUGUAGGCUGUAAUAUAGCCACUUACAGGUUUCUGUGCAUUGUGUAAAUCUGUCAGUACUACCGAGUGGCUAUAAGCUGAAUACAAAAAGAAUGGUGGUUUCAGUCCUUGUUGAUACAUCUUGAAACAAUUAAAAUAUAACACUUGGAUUAUGUAUGUCUUCCAAGCAACAGUGAAAGUUACUUUUCAACCCUAGAUUUAAAGAUUACAUGCUGAAGCAUUUGACUUGGGUGUCACCACCACACGGUGAACACAUAAUAUCUGUAAUGCCACAAAGGAUUUGAAAUUAAAAUAAAGCAUGACUAGUGUGAGAAAAAUAUGUAGUGGAGUUGUCAUCAGAAUUAUUUAGCACUAUCCUGUUACAUCCUAUGAAUUUUACACAUUUUAAAUUACAGCCAGUACAUUGUUAUUCUUAUUAAUAUCUCACCCAUUAGCCACAGGAUAUUGGCACCAACAACAUGUUGCAGGCUGCUCCUGGAUCGACCUGUACUUACAGUACAUUUUCUACAAUUUUUGAACUGUGAGACAUGAUCAAUACUAUCAACAUUUCCAAUUGAACUAAGAAGACCGGAGUGACUGGUGGCAAGAAAGGACAAUAUGCCAACACCACAACAUGACAAGGGUGGUAGAUAUAGUCUUGAAUUACUCUCAGUUUGAGUUAUUUAGUGCAAUGUCAGUAAAGGUCACAGGAAAAGUAUAUUUUUUUAGGCUCUAAAAUGUUAUAAACACAAGUAUUGCUCUAAAAAUGAAACUUGUCUGAAACAGGCUUGAUCACUUCAAUUACAUGUUCAAUUCAACAUUCUCAGCUAGACAUGCUGAAUAUGUAUUUUCAGUCAUACAUUUAAAAUAGUAAAUAUUCUUCCAUAACCGGUCUUGGUAAAAUGGAACAAACAAACCAAUCAUUUGUUUGUUUGUCAGUAAUUCAGAUUACUGUCAAACAUAAUCUCAAUUUAAAAUAAAAUGUAGAAAUUUUGUUAUGCAUUUUCACACUAAAAGUCAGGCGCAAUAAAAACAUUAUUUGCUACAAUAUGUACAACAACAAAAAAACUAACAUUGUGAAAAGUAGGGUUUAUUUAAUGUAGCCUUUACUGAUCUUUUCAAGAUUCUACAUUGUUCUGUCCAAUAAAAUUUUAUCUCUAGGACAAAAAAUAAAUGAAAUCAGUGUCUAGCCCUGUCCAUCUACAGCGUUGAACAGGAUCAACAUCUCAUUGUAAACUGUCAUUUUGCUGUAAAGGCUGUGUAGCACUGAAUUAUCUUGGACGUUUCUUUUAAUGUUCCAUAAUGUAGAUACAGGCAUACAGCUUUUCUCAUCAUAAGGUCUCAGUUGUAACCCAUGUCUUGUAGAAUAUGUACAGUGUAUAAAUACCUUCUGUAAAACUCUGCUGCAGAAACCCUGUAAAGGAAUAAAUUGUUGUAUUUCUUUCAAAAUGUCCUUUCACCUUUCUCGAACCUUUAGAGGGGUUUGAUUUACAUUAGUAGGUUUUGUGCACAAUCAUUGCUGAUGCUUUUGUCUUGGGAAUCAAUGGAAUCUACAUUUUGUAAUAUAAAUAGAAAUUGUUAAAUAUUUUCUUUAUAUUUCAUAUUUUAAACAAACUACUGCUUCGCCUGGAAUUAAAGGACAAUCGUUUGGUCAAAACUGAUAUUUAAAAACAUUUCUUCUUCAGCGCAGUUUCCCUUCUUUGAGGCUAAAAACAGAAUCAGUCUAGAACUUAAAGCUACUGAACUCCUAAAGUAGGAAAGGAGGAGAAGCUAUGGGUAAAAAUGAAUGUCCUUGAAAUACUGUCAGCAUCAAGCAGCUUCUAUAUACAAUCUGGCUCUGGUGCUGCUACCAUCUGAGUCAAAUGGUAGAGCACAGGAAGGGCCGCUUAGGACAAAAACUACGUUUUGUCUCUGACACUCUAUUAAAGACAAAAUAUUGUUACGGGAAAACAUUUUCAGUGAAACACUAUUUAAACCCACAACUAGUCCUAAAAACAAUAAUUUCAGCAUACAUUGAUUCAAAUAUUUAAAAUUGUUUAACAUUUAAAUUUAAGAUGCUAAGGAGCUGGCAAGUUUACGUUGUAGAAGUUCAAAGAACAAUAUUUAUAACUUAUUGCUUUUUAGGUUGGCCAUUUCAAAUACUCCCUUCUCCCAGAGUAAAUCUAACACCGAAGCUGUUAGAGGUGCUGAUGUUUUUAGCAACAAGAGGGGUCCCUAGGUCAAAUUCACUGGGAAAUGGAAGAGCACAUACUGCUGCAAAAAAUGCAGCCACACCCUCUUGACCCCCUGCUAAUUUGUGUCCUUAGUCUCGUUUCCACCGGUGAGAAGUAUAUGUGGCAGAUUGCAGGCACAACCCUCUCAGGAUGUUGUAAAGAGGCCUUGAUACUGAAUCAAUCUUUACUCAACUUUUUCUUUCCAUAUUUUACCAAAUCAUGCCUAGUUUGCACCACACACAAUGUGGUAAGAAACCUUUCAACCUCCACUGCUUUGUGAUGAUGCAGUGUUUCAUACUGCACAACCUCUUCACUGUUCUUUAAAUCAUAUAGGCUAUGAAAGCUUAACACUCAAUUCCUGCAAAUUCCUUUGCUACAGUUCUUUACCAUUGUCCAGUCAGCAGGGUUCAGUCAAUGCAAACACUGGCGAAUUGACAAGGAAUUAUGUCUGGGCUGUUCAUGAUUUAGGUUGCUGAACCAGCCAGUUGGAUCCACACAAGCCAGUGCAGACAAGUUCCAGAUCCAGUAGAUGACCUCCAACCAGAUGUCAACCAACAUGACUGCACCCACAGAAGGGAUAGUAUAAAUUUAUCUCCACAGGUGUGUUCAAGUCUAGAAUCCUCUGACACAAAAGGAAGAAAUCCAGAGAUCAGUUUCAACUCUUGCAAGAUCCCAAAAAGACUCGUCGGCAGCUCGUGUGUAAGGCCUGCACAAACUUUCAUCAGCAUCAUAUUCCUUUGAUGAGAGUUGUGGUUGCUGCUGCCAUUGCUUCACUUUUCAUAAAACAAAGAGAUUCGCAUUUCUGAGAAUGGAAAAAAAAAACAAUGUCAGUGGCCUAUGGUUUUUUUAAACCAACCCAGACUCCUCAAGAAAAAUAAUCAAUUUCCUUCACUCUGUGUGCUGACCCAUUAUUGUGACUGAUUGUUACAGCCCCUGGCCUCUGUGUAGGGUUUUGUUAUGCAGGUUCAGCUCUGAUGACUCAUCAUCUCCUGAUUGGCUACCUGGAAGCUGCAGGAACUACACCCCAUUGGACCAGAAGAGAACUGCAAGCCUACCAGAUGUUAAUGAUCCUAUAAAAAGCUCCUGAAAUCAUUUCCUCAGUGGGACAGCUUGUAGGAGGAGGUUUUGCUCCGCUGUUCCCCACCUUUGAUUGUAAUUGUCGUUGACAAUUUUGUAAACAUUUUGUUGUUUGCUCUGCUAGAGCAGGUUGACUUUGGUUUCCUGGACUUCAGCUCAGCGUUCAACACCUUCAUCCCCCAAGACCUGGUGGGCAAACUGGGCCCCUUAGGAAUUAACACCCCCCUCUGCAACUGGCUACUGGACUUCCUCACUGACAGAACCCAGAACAACACCUCCGAUGUCAUCACCCUGAACACCGGCACCCCUCAGGGCUGUGUCCUGAGCCCCCUGCUGUUCACCCUGAUGACCCACGACUGCCGUCCACACUUCAGAUCCAACCAUCCGGGACAACAACGAGACGGCCUAUAGGGAGGAGGUGCAGCAUCUGGUGGACCGGUGCAGUGGAAACAACCUGAUCCUGAAUGUCAACAAGACCAAGGAGAUCAUCGUAGACUUCAGGAAAUCCAGACCCACCCACACACCACUCCUCAUCAAUGACUCAGCUGUGGAGGUCGUCAGCAGCAUCAAGUUCCUGGGGGUGCACAUCAACGAAAACCUCAGCUGGUCUCCCCACAUCUCCUCACUGGUGAAGAAGGGCCAGCAGCGCAUGCAUUUCCUGCGUCAGAUGAAGAGAGCAUCCCUCCCGCCCCCCAUCCUUCAGACCUUCUACAGAGAGACCAUCAAGAGCCAACUGACCAGCUACAUCUCCAUCUGGUCUGGGAGCUGCAGGGCCUCUGACUGGAAGUCUCUACAGAGGGUGGUGAGGACAGGGGAGAAGAUCACGGGGGCUCUGCUCCCCUGCAUCAAGGACAUCGCAGAGAGGCGCUGCCUAUCUCGCGCUCACCAGAUCCUCUCCGACCCCACCCACCCCAACCAUGGACUGUUUUCCCCCCUGGCGUCUGGAAGAAGGUUCCGCAGCAUCUUGUGCAGAACAACCAGACUACUGACCAGUUUCUUCCCCCGGGCCAUCAGACUGCUUAACGCCACGUAACACCCCUCCACACACUCACAAACCAAAUCACCCCCCAUGGACAUGGUCAAUACAUGCACUUUAGUUUAGUUUUUUUCACAACACUGAACCUGUGUAUUUUAUGGCACUUGUAUUGUAUUUAUUUAUUUAUUGGGUAGUAUAAGGUUUUAGCUCUGCUACACUGGUAGCCAAGUAACGACAUUUCGUUGUCAAGAUUCACCUUGAGUUUUUUUUGUACAAUGACAAUAAAGGAAGUCUAAGUUUGGUUGUCUUCACAAGCCAGAUGCUAGUAUUUAGGAGGCUUGCUGCUCCCUGUGUGUGUUUGUUCUUUUUUUUUUCAUUUUCCUUUUGGUUUAUUUGAGUUACUUUAGACUAACUAGUUUGGGCAUUUUGUAAUUUACUUCGCACUUAACCUUUCUUAAUGCUGUCAGCCCCUAUCUUUUGUUUUAAUUGGAUUAAGUUGUAUUGUGUCUUGGUUUUGUGAGAACUUUUUUUUGUAAUAAAUCACCUUUUCAUUA